AUGUACGUGGAUGGGGAGCAUCACCCUAGAGUUACGUUCACAGAUGUCAUCCACACAGGCAGCGCCCUCCUGGCCCCAGCUACCCAGGCAGCGUGGGAACAGAUCCAGCGAAGUGAGGGUGGUGCUGCACAGCUGCUGAGGCACUUCGAGGCCUACUUCAGCAACGUAGCGCGAAACGUGAAGAGGACCUAUCUGAGGCCCUUCAUCAUCGUCACCGCCAACAUGAUUCUUGCAGUUGACAUCUUCGACAAGCUUAACUUCACCGGUGCCCAGGUGCCAAGGUUUGAGGACAUUCAGGAAGAGUUCCCAAGGGAGUUGGAGUCCUCUGUGUCCUUCCCAGCUGACACCUUCAAACCACCAGAGAAAAAAGAAGGCCCCACAGUGAGGCUGGCCAACCGGAGGGCUGCCCCACUGACAACACAACCAGAGCCCAGGACUGAGAGAGAGACCUCAUUCAGCAGACAGAGGCGACACCCCAAUGAACCCGGCCAGUUUGCCGUUGCCCUGGUCAUCAUUUACCGGACCCUUGGUCAGCUGCUGCCUGAACACUAUGACCCCGAUCACCGCAGCCUCCGAUUGCCCAACCGGCCCGUCAUCAACACCCCAGUGGUGAGUGCUAUGGUGUACAAUGAGGGGACCCCGCUCCCCGGCUCUCUGCUGAGGCCUGUCCUAGUGGAGUUUGCCCUGUUGGAGACUGAGGAGCGAAGCAAGCCUGUCUGUGUAUUCUGGAACCACUCCCUUGACAUCGGAGGGACUGGAGGGUGGUCAGCCAAAGGCUGUGAGCUACUGUCAAGGAAUCGGACCCACGUCACGUGCCAGUGUAGCCACUCGGCCAGCUGCGCAGUGCUCAUGGACAUUUCCAGGCGUGAGCAUGGGGAGGUUCUGCCCCUGAAGAUCAUCACCUAUGCUGCCCUGUCCUUGUCCCUGGUGGCCCUCCUGGUGGCCUUUGUCCUGCUCUCCCUCGUCCGGACGCUGCGCUCCAACCUGCACAGCAUACAUAAGAACCUCAUCGCGGCGCUGUUCUUCUCCCAGCUCAUCUUCAUGGUCGGGAUCAACCAGACUGAGAACCCGUUUCUCUGCACAGUGGUCGCCAUCCUCCUGCACUAUGUCUCCAUGAGCACCUUUGCCUGGACCCUGGUGGAGAACCUGCAUGUCUACCGCAUGCUGACGGAAGUGCGCAACAUCGAUACGGGGCCCAUGAGGUUCUACCAUGUGGUGGGCUGGGGCAUCCCCGCCAUUGUCACAGGACUGGCUGUCGGCUUGGACCCUCAGGGCUACGGAAACCCUGACUUCUGCUGGCUGUCCCUUCAGGACACCCUGAUCUGGAGCUUUGCUGGGCCUGUGGGAACGGUUAUAAUCGUCAACACGGUCAUCUUUGUCCUGUCUGCAAAGGUGUCCUGCCAAAGGAAGCACCAUUAUUAUGAAAGAAAGGGGGUCGUCUCCCUGCUGAGGACUGCCUUCCUCCUCGUGCUGCUCGUUAGCGCCACCUGGCUGCUGGGACUGCUGGCUGUGAACAGCGACAAUCUGAGCUUCCACUACCUCUUUGCUGCCUUCAGCUGCUUGCAGGGCAUCUUCGUGCUCCUGUUCCACUGCGUGACCCACAGGGAGGUGCGGAAGCACCUGAGGGCAGUGCUGGCCGGGAAGAAGCCACACCUGGAUGACUCAGCCACCACAAGGGCCACUCUGCUAACGCGCUCUCUCAAUUGCAACAACACAUACAGCGAAGGACCAGACAUGCUCCGCACGGCCCUGGGCGAGUCCACAGCUUCUCUGGACAGUACCACCAGGGAUGAAGGGGUCCAGAAGCUCAGUGUGUCCUCUGGACCAGCACGUGGUAACCAUGGGGAACCAGAUUCAUCCUUCAUCCCUCGGAACUCCAAGAAAGCUCACGGCCCUGACUCUGACUCAGACAGUGAGCUGUCACUGGAUGAACACAGCAGUUCCUACGCUUCUUCACACACAUCGGACAGCGAGGACGAUGGCGGGGAAGCUGAAGACAAGUGGAAUUCAGCUGGGGGCCCCAUCCAUAGUACCCCAAAAGCAGAUGCUAUGGGCAACCAUGUUCCUGCUGGCUGGCCUGAUGAAAGCCUGGCUGGGAGUGACAGUGAGGAGUUGGACACUGAGCCGCACCUGAAGGUGGAGACCAAGGUCAGCGUGGAGCUACACCGGCAUGCGCAGGGCAAUCACUGUGGCGACCGACCCCCUGACCUGGAAAGUGGGGUCCUGGCCAAGCCAGUGGCUGUGCUCAGCAGCCAGCCCCAGGAGCAGCGGAAAGGCAUCCUGAAAAACAAAGUCACCUACCCGCCACCACUGCCCGAGCAGCCAUUGAAGUGUCGGCUGCGAGAGAAGCUGGCCGACUGUGAGCAGAGCCCCACAUCCUCCCGCACAUCCUCCCUUGGCUCUGGUGAUGGUGUUCAUGCCACUGACUGUGUCAUUACCAUCAAGACUCCCAGGAGGGAGCCAGGCCGUGAGCAUCUCAACGGGGUGGCCAUGAAUGUACGCACAGGGAGUGCCCAGGCCAAUGGCUCAGACUCAGAGAAACCAUGAGGCACAGUCAAGCCCUCAGACCUUGAAGCCUGGGACUGCUGCCUAUGGGGCAAGCAGGCCUUUCAUAUGAGGGUCCCUGCUAUAGCCACUGGCUCUACACAGAAUGUCCAGAUGGAAGCCCUUGGCCCUCGCAGGAGCUUGGGGCCCAG